AUGUCUAAUUAUCGGUUUAUUAGUCCACACAACAAGGAGAUUAUAAUCACAAAUGAGAGGGCAGGAGUACCUAUUAGUAGAAAUUAUGCAACAUUUGCUGUCCGUUAUGGAGGAUUUGGAGUUGUUCCUUUCUCGGAGAAAGAUUGUAGAAAUCUAGUCAGCAAGCAUAGACGACUAUGUCUUCAAAAAGGAGAUUUUGCUGCUAUGGAAAAACAUUUUAUUGAGAUGUCUUCUAAAGAUAAAAAAUUUUAUUACAUGUACGACACAAGUGAUGAUGGCACACUUAAAAAUAUAUUUUGGGCCGAUGGAAGGUGUAGAGCUGCAUAUCGAGAGUUUGGAGAUGUUGUUUCAUUUGACACUACAUAUCUGCGGAACAGAUAUAGAAUGCCAUUUUGCCCAUUUAUAGGUGUGAAUCAUCACAAUCAAUCGAUCUUACUUGGAUGUGCUCUAAUUUCUGGAGAAGAUACAAGUAACUAUGUUUGGUUGUUUAAGACGUGGCUAGCAUGUAUGUCUGGAAAAGCUCCAAAUGGUAUUAUUACUGAUCAAUGCAUGGCUAUAGGGAAUGCAAUCAAAGAGGUUUUUCCCAAUAGCAAACACCGAUGGUGUAUUUGGCAUAUUUUAAGAAAUGCAAAGAAACAUCUAAAUCCUUAUGAAGCAAGAGAUGAUAUUCGUAAGGCAUUACGACGUGCUCUCCAUGAUUCUCUUCAUAUUGAGGAGUUUGAAAAGAAUUAUGGAGAUAUGUUGGAAAAAUAUAAGUUGCAAGAUGUUAAGUGGUUUAAUGACAUGUAUGAUCUAAGGCAUAGAUGGGUCCCUGUUUAUUUUAAAGACGACUUUUGGGCUGGUAUGUCUAGCACCCAAAGGAGUGAGAGUAUAAACAACUUUUUCAAAGCAUUUGUGAACUUGAACACAUCACUGAAAGAAUUUGUUGAUCAAUAUAGUCUUGCUCUAGGCAAACGAGCAAAUGAUGAGGAAAAUGAAACUUUUCGUUCAAUUAAUAAGCCAACGAUGUGUUUCACUGAAUAUGUUAGUGAGAGUGUAUUUCAACGCCUUUAUACAUCAAAGAAGUUUGAGGAGUUUCAAGAUCAAGUGCGUUUGGUGACUUAUACUAGUACAACAAAAUUUCAAGAUGAUGGAAGAGUUUGUGUAUAUGACGUAGUGACAAAAAAGGCUAAGUGGCCUCGGAGACAAAAUUUUAAGGUGACAUUUGAUCGAGACUCAUAUGAUGUUAAGUGUGAGUGUAAGAAUUUUGAAUUUAGGGGAAUUUUAUGUUGCCAUGUAGUUCGUGUUUAUCACGAGGAAGAUGUUGAGUGUGUUCCCGAGAAGUAUAUCCUAUCGAGAUGGAGAAAAGACAUGUUGAAGUUGGAAGUGAAGGCAUUGGGUGAAGGAUGUCAAGAAGCACCUCAAACUGUGAAUACAAUUGGUAGAGUUUAUGGAAGACAUUCAUCACAAGGAGGUGGAAAUGAAGAAGAGGAAAAUCGCCAACACAUUGACUUGGGACACCAACAAAAAGUCAAUGAUCCAGUAGAUCGUAGAGGUAAAGGAAAAAAACCAAGCAAGAGGAAAGGAUAUGGAAAUGAACAUCCGUUUGAUAUAUACAAGAAGAAUCAUCACACAUCUGAUUACAACAUUGGAUAUGGAGAGUGGUCACAGGAUCAAUCCCAAUUCUAUGGGAUACAAUAUCCAAUAAUGUCAAAUGUAAUUCCUGCUAGUUCAUCCAAUGCACAACUUCAUAAUCAAUAUGGAUAUAAUGUUGCACAAAGGAAUGUUAUGCCUCCUUAUCCUAAUUUUCAAGGGAUGCCAAUUGGUCCGUCGACACAAACUAGACCAAGUUCAAGUUAUCCCCAACUAAGAGCAGGGAAUGAAAACAGAUUCAAGCAAUUUGUACGCGAAGGCUAA